UAUUUAUACGCUUUUCAUCCAUAACUCUCCAACAGGACACGAGUUUGAUGUUUUACUUCACAAUUUACAUAAUAUAAUUUGCGCCUGCUUGCUACGGUAUUCAGUCACCGCUUUCCAUUAGUAAGUUGCUGGUUGGCCAGCUAGAAAUGACGACACACACAUGUGCGGAAGCAUUUCAGCAGAUUUGCCCAUGUGUACCUUUGUUAGGCAGCGUAAACAAUCUGAUAUUUUACAACAUUAUCAGAUGUUAUUGAAUGAAUUCAGAUCGAUUUAAUCUAUUCAAUGACAAACUAGCAAAGCAAUCAAGACGCUAUCAAAAUGUCUGCCUCUUGCAACUGUACCGAGCAUGUCAACAAACUCCACCAGCAGAUAUCUGUUAUGCGAAAAGAAAUCAAGAAUCUCAGGCAAUUGUUGGACAGUGCUGUUCGUUCUCAUCGAAAACACAUGACAUCUCUCCAGUCUGCUCUGACACACCUUGGCCAGAGUCGAUCUCCAAAGAGUCAGCUAAGGCCACAGGCAGACAUAGAGACACAGAAUUCACUUGAGAAAGGGACCAUCCAGACAGUCCCCAUAGGUUACAUCAGCUCCUGUUUCUCAGUGAAGAAUGGUACCCCCAGACAGCCAACCAUAUGUGGGCCCUCCAGGGCCACCCUUCAGAUCCAGCAGAGUGUCUUCAACAACCCUGAACACUCACUGGUCGGCCUGGACAACUAUUCUCAUGUCUGGGUGGUCUUCCUCUUCCAUAAGAACGGCCACCUGAGUUAUAAGGCUAAGGUGAAGCCACCCAGACUGAACGGCCAGAGGGUAGGGGUGUACUCCACACGUAGCCCCCACCGGCCCAACGCCCUGGGUCUGACCCUGGCCAAGCUAGACAGAGUCACAGAUGACACACUUCAUCUGAGUGAGAUAGACAUGAUCGCAGGCACCCCUGUCCUGGAUAUCAAACCCUACAUCUCUGACUAUGACUCCCCACACAGUAGACUGGACAUUGACACAGAUACUUAUGACUGUGGCGUCCAACCUGAGGGCACCAAUGUACCAUCAGAAGAGGGGACCACCAGUGUGGAGAGGUUGCAUUCAGACUCAAUAGCUUCUUUCUCCUGUACUGAUGAUCCCCAGUUGGACUUGGGGGUUGAGAGAGGGAAUAGUCAUAGCACAGAUCCCAGAAUACUCCACUCAAAAGACAAAUCCAAAGUUCACAUCCACCGUCCAGGCGAUGCCUCCAGCUCUUCUGCUCCUAAAGCCCCAUUCAAAGACCUCACCACUGUGCUGGGGGAGCUCAAGGCCUACAUCAGCCAGGGAGAUGACCACCUCACCCUGGGGAGCUCUGUAGGAAAGUCCCAGGCUUCAGAUGGCCCUAAAACCAAGCCAUUGGAGCCAGUGGAAGAUAGUGCUAGGCCUUGCUAUGGGCAAGAGGCCUACAGCACCAUUGCUGGCUGGAUCAGGGAGCCUCCUGUGACCAAUCUGGAGGUGCGCUUCACCCCCCAUGCAGAGAGAGAGCUGGAUGAGUUCCUUGCCCCCAUCAAUGCAGAACCUCGUGACCGGACCCAGGUUACCGGUUCCUUCGCGGUCAAAGGCUGCGGCCGCCAUCAGAGGGUCCUAUCUGCAGACCCCAGUCAGGCUGCCUCUGGCGAACACAUGGAGGGCUGUCGCGGCCCCCCCCCAAAAGAAAUGCCACCCCACACCAUGGCUGACCCACCGCCAGACCGUGUCGUGCUGGAGGAUGCCUUGCAGGCAGCAGAGCGUUCUCUCCACGGCGUCUCCAGACUGUACGUCUGUCCACGUGCUCAGUGUGAACCUGCUUUCAUCUCUGACUUCAUCCUCAAAGCACUGGACUAUGACCUGAACUGCGUCGAAAAGCAUGCGGUCGCAUGGUUCCCAUUCGUCGCAGCUCAGGAGGGUAAUGGUCCUAUCAAUGAUCUGCUGCUGAAAGCCAUGAAGAAGAUGCGGUCUGAGCACUGA